AUGUACACCUGAAAAUUAUGUAAUUGUAUUAACCACUGUUACUCCAAUAAACUUAAUUUUUAAAAAGUUUAAAUAAACAGUAGUAGCAAAAUAUAAUGAACCCUCACGUUCUAUCAUCCAACUUCAACAGUCAUCAACUCACAGCCAGUUCCUUAAUGUCACAUCUAGUCUGUUCACACAAUCCAAUUGUUCUAUAAAAUUUUUUACACUUGGCAUCCAAAUCCAAACAAGGUCCACCAUAGUUGGUGAACGCCUCUAAAUUUUAUAAUUUAUAAUUUAUAAUCAGGUUCUCCCUUAGCUCUUGCAAUGUAUUGAAACCAGAUAGUUGCCCUGGUAGAACUCCGUUUCCUAUAAAGUGGUUAUUAGCUCCAGGGGCUUAAUGGCUUCUAUAACCUUUAAAUAUCAGGAUUGAUUCCUCACAACAAUGAAUAGAUAAUGGUGUAAUUUUAGGUGACAACUUUAGAGCAGAGAUUAUUCACAUUAAAUGUAAAGUAGCAUCAUUUUGGGGAAAUUCCUAACUUCUACCUAAGGAUUAUCGGUGAAAGUAAAUAACCUUUUACAGUCAUUUAUUGAGAUUCAGGGUGAAGUCUGCUGUAGGUGUAGGUAGGGACUAAAUACCAAUGAAUUUAUACAGGCCGUAUUGUGGACCAGGUUGUCUUGCCCUUUGGCGGUGACCAAGGCUGUGCGCUAGUGUGGUGGCAGGACUGAACGGGUAUAAUUCGGAUUGAGUGCAGGUCGCUGGCGGGCAGGCCACCAGGCUGAGACCAGAAGCUCGUAAAGCCUGGGAACCGUAAUAAAACUUACGCCUGCACAGACCUGCGCAAGGGGCUUCUGAGCGCUCAGAGACAAGCGUGAGUCAGCAAAGCUCUAGGAUGGCUCCAAGAUGGACUCGGCUGGUCGCGCAGCGGCAGACGCGCCUUAAGGGAGGGCGUACACUCUAGCAAGGCCAGUGUACUUUAUCAACCCCCUGUCUCUCGCGAGGUUCCCACCCGCUGGACCUUUGCUAUCUAGCGCCCUGAUACACUGUGACUUCCCUUGCACCCGGCCACUGCCGCCUCUGGGAUCCCCACCUCCCAGAAGGCAACAAGAACCGCACGUGUGACUUAAUUUUUCAGCGGAAAGGGCGGUGCGCAAGCGCAGAGAGCACCUCAGGCGUAGACUCUGAGGGGCGCUUGCGCACGGCUCCUCUAGCCCCAUUCACCCCGCCCACCGGGUUCGGCGCACUCCGCGCCUUUCUUACGUCACCAUUAGGCAUGCGCUUUAGGAGAAGGGCGAGCUUUUGAGGGCAGGGCAAGGGGCGUGCCUUUGCCGAGGUCUGACGGCGACUGCGUGGACGGGAGCCCGACUGGAACAUGGCGACUUGCGCUGAAAUCCUGCGGAGCGAGUUCCCCGAAAUUGACGGACAGGUCUUCGACUACGUGACGGGCGUGUUGCACAGCGGCAGCGCGGAUUUCGAGUCUGUGGAUGACCUGGUGGAAGCUGUUGGGGAACUCUUGCAAGAGGUGUCCGGAGACAGCAAGGAUGACGCGGGCAUCAGAGCCGUGUGCCAGCGCAUGUACAACACUCUGCGCCUGGCUGAGCCACAGAGCCAGGGAAACAGCCAGGUGCUCCUAGACGCCCCCAUCCAGUUGUCAAAGAUAACGGAGAACUACGACUGUGGCACCAACCUUCCAGGACUGCUAAAGAGGGAACAGUCCUCGACAGUGAAUGCAAAGAAGCUAGAGAAGGCUGAGGCUCGACUGAAGGCAAAGCAGGAGAAACGAUCAGAGAAGGAUACACUCAAGACCAGCAGCCCUCUAGUCUUGGAAGAGGCUUCAGCCAGCCAGGCAGGCAGCAGAAAGGAGAGUCGUUUGGAGUCAUCUGGCAAGAACAAAUCCUACGAUGUGCGAAUUGAGAAUUUUGAUGUGUCUUUUGGCGACAGGGUACUGCUGGCUGGUGCAGAUGUGAACCUGGCAUGGGGCCGCCGCUAUGGGCUGGUGGGUCGGAAUGGGCUGGGGAAGACGACGCUGCUAAAGAUGCUGGCCACCCGGAGCCUGCGGGUUCCAGCCCAUAUUUCCCUGCUGCACGUAGAGCAGGAGGUUGCUGGAAAUGACACCCCUGCCCUGCAGAGUGUGCUGGAGAGUGACACUGUGCGAGAAGACCUCCUGAGGCAGGAGCGGGAGCUCAGCGCCCAGAUUGCUGCUGGCAGGGCCAAGGGCUCAGAAGCUGCACAGCUGGCAGAAAUCUAUGCCAAACUAGAAGAGAUUGAGGCUGACAAGGCACCUGCCAGGGCAUCAGUCAUUCUUGCUGGGCUUGGCUUUACUCCUAAAAUGCAGCAACAGCCUACCCGGGAGUUCUCAGGUGGCUGGAGGAUGAGACUGGCCCUAGCCCGGGCCUUGUUUGCUAGACCAGAUCUUCUCUUAUUAGAUGAACCCACAAACAUGCUGGACGUAAGAGCCAUCCUAUGGCUGGAGAAUUACCUGCAGACGUGGCCCUCUACAAUCUUGGUUGUCUCCCACGACCGAAACUUCCUGAAUGCCAUAGCCACAGACAUCAUCCACCUGCACAGCCAGCGGUUAGAUGGUUACCGAGGAGACUUUGAGACCUUCAUCAAGAGCAAGCAGGAGCGGCUACUCAACCAGCAGCGUGAAUAUGAGGCACAACAGCAGUAUCGUCAGCAUAUCCAGGUUUUUAUUGACCGGUUUCGCUACAAUGCCAAUAGAGCCUCUCAAGUACAGAGUAAACUCAAGAUGCUCGAGAAGCUACCAGAGCUGAAACCCGUGGACAAGGAGUUGGAGGUAGUGAUGAAGUUCCCUGAUGGGUUUGAGAAGUUCUCACCACCAAUUCUGCAACUAGAUGAAGUGGAUUUCUACUAUGAUCCUAAGCACGUCAUCUUCAGCCGUCUCUCUGUCUCUGCUGAUCUUGAGUCUCGCAUCUGUGUGGUGGGAGAGAAUGGAGCUGGGAAGUCUACCAUGCUGAAGCUGCUUAUGGGGGACCUGACACCUGUUCGGGGCAUCAGACAUGCUCACAGGAAUCUGAAAAUUGGCUAUUUCAGCCAGCACCAUGUGGAGCAGCUGGACCUGAAUGUCAGUGCUGUGGAACUGCUGGCACGCAAGUUUCCUGGACGGCCUGAGGAGGAGUAUCGUCACCAGCUGGGCCGGUAUGGCAUCUCUGGAGAACUGGCCGUGCGCCCUGUUGCCAGCUUGUCUGGUGGCCAGAAGAGCCGGGUAGCCUUUGCUCAGAUGACCAUGCCCUGCCCCAACUUCUACAUUCUGGAUGAACCCACAAACCACCUGGAUAUGGAGACAAUUGAGGCUCUGGGUCGUGCUCUCAACAAUUUCAGGGGUGGUGUGAUUCUGGUGUCCCACGAUGAGCGCUUCAUCCGGCUGGUGUGCCAAGAGCUGUGGGUGUGCGAAGGAGGCGGCGUCACCCGGGUUGAAGGGGGAUUUGACCAGUACCGUGCCCUUCUCCAGGAACAGUUCCGCCGUGAGGGCUUCCUCUAGAGCCAUUAGGCUGAAGACUGUGCCCAGGACAUGGACUGGUCUUUCAGACCCCAGGGCCACCAUAAAGCCAACCAUCUCCAGGCUACAGACUUCCCCUGACUUUGGAGACAGCCUUGUCCUCAAAUCUCUCCUUUUGACUGGCAUUCUCUGUACAAUCCAGGGAGCCUCAUCUAAGGGUCUGUGAGGACUGGUCUUCCAAGUGGAAGAGGUGGGAGGUGCCCUCUGGGUUAUAGAUUCCCCCCACUGCCCCAGCUGUGACUGGGCCCCAAGUGGCUGCUGUGUAAAUUAAAUCUC